CCUUCAGGAUCACCUAGCUUCUCCUAAGAUGCCAUUUCAACGUUCCGAUAUUGUUCUACUUACACUUCCCCUAUUUUUAUGCCAUCUGGAAGUAAGAGCGGAAAACGUGCUUAGGCAUUAAAGUAUAAGCGGCGCCAUGACAUUCAGAACGGAAGAAGAAGGCUUAAGGGGGAGCGUAGAAAGAUAGUCCUUUAUCGAGGGCACGUGAUAAUCACCGGAAGGGUUAAGCGGGUAUCAGCCUUGACAUUCAAAAGAUAACCUUUUCAGAGCACAGGCUAGCUAAUAACAGCCUGUAUUCUAGCAAGGCUGAAGGGUAGCAUUCAUGUUGUGAGGGGAAGCUUGAAUCCUGAGGCCCGAGCGCCACCUGCAGCGGAGAAUAAAGCGACGAUUCCAGCCCUCUUUUCAAGAUCUAUUGUAAUCGCAACUAUCUAACUUCAAUGAACGGUGCUUCUAAUUUUACACUGAAUCCAUGGCGCAAAUUCGUUGCGUAGACACCAUCACGAUUGGGAAGGGCUGCGUAAUGAAAGUGAUGGUCGACGAUUCAAAGCCCGACGGCCAUCUAGACCAUAACUGGACCGAAACGACAUAUGACGGCAAACCAGGGUCUAUGAAGCUCGAGGUCCCGGGGCACUGGCAUAAGUAUCACGACGAAUACAUGGAAGUUCUCCGCGGGCGCAUGACGCUUUAUCUCGAAGGCACCGGCAGCGUGGUGCUGGCAGCUGGUGAUGAAAGACUCAAGAUUCCGCGGUGGCACGUUCAUUCUUUUGCGGCGUUUGAGGGCGAGGAGGCAAUGCUGAAGGAGUUGACGGAUCCCAGCGGGGAGUUUAAGGCUGAAUUCUUCAGAAACAUGACCCAAUCCGGCAGCAUGACCAUCAUCGACGCCCUGCGCGCUUUCUGGGACGGCGAUGCAUAUAUCUCCUUACCGGGAAAUAUCAAGCUCCUUGACCAAGCGUUCAUGGCUGUAGCUGGCACGAUUGCGAGAUUCUUUUGGCCAGCGACCAGGGCGUAUAAGGCGUAUCCUGAUAUGUAACGUGAGGCUACGGGAAGAGGAUAAAAGAUAUCUGUAAUUGAUUGAACUGGAGGCCGCUGAGCGAUUGGGGCGUAUGAAGGCUCUCAGCUCACAAUAUAGGUUAAAAGAAGUCAUGUGAGGAUCAGCUUUAUGGAAGUUGCGUGGAGACUCGUAUAAGAAAAGGGAAUAGCUCCUAAUCAAAUUCUUGGACCCUCAUACCCACCACAGAGCGAAAAAAAAAUGCACCGAAGUAAUACACUCUCAAAAAAGAAAGCAAUGCCGACCAGGCACUGUGCCGACUCGAACCUAGAAGCAAAAGGAAAGUGUCCCGAAGGACGAGUACCAUAUGGUAGUUAGAUAUGAGAUAUCAGAUAGAUCCAUAGAGCCACAGCAACUUUCCUGUGAGGCCAAGGAAUUAAAGGGGUUUUAUA